CGCGCCGCGCGCGCAGGGCCUUUGGUUGUUCCGUUCGUCGUCGUCGUCGUCCCGUCAGCUGGCGCAACGGCAGCGUGCGGGCGUUGCGUUGCGUCUCGUCUCGUGGUGGCCGAUUCCGAGCCGGUACCCUUUCCGCGUCGGCUAGACUGUGUUUGAAAAUUUGCCCUUCAAAAUGGACCUCCUCAAGACGUUUUCCGACAAGUUCUGGGACCGAGACAUCUGGUUGCCGCCGAAUAUUACGUGGGCCGACUUCAAACCCAACGACAAAUAUGUCUAUGCCGACCAUCGCAGAAAAGGAAAAAUUUCUUAGCAUUUGGAUGUAGCAUGCCGAUCUUUUAUCCUGACCUUGUACCUCAAGGUGACAAUGAACCACCUAUCUUAUAGACUGAAAGUGUCAUCAUGUUGUAGACAAGUCUGUAAAGCUGAACAAAUGAUGUAAAAAUUGUAGCGAACUUUGAAAUAGACUCAAGGUACAUGCAGUAGGAGACUUUUUGUCUGAAAGAAUGACUGUGUGUGUGUGUGUGUUUGUGUGUGUGUGUGUGAGUGCGCGCAAUUGUGUAGUGCAUGUGAUUUGUUCAAUCAAUCAUUGUAAGGCAGAAAUGUUGCUAUAUGAUGCAUUGCUUUGAAAUGCUUCUAAGUCAAGAUCAAAUGCAGCUCUCAUGAGUAUUUAAAUUAAAGAAUAGUAUUCCUAUUCAUGCUUUCACAAAUUAAUGAUGUUUUUAUUUGUACUCUUAUAACUGAGUAUUCACCGAUUUUCUUCUUAAAUACUAAAGUUGCCAAUGUUCCAGCUUUCUUUUAAGUAUAUUUCUUAAGUGUAACUUAUUUUUGUAAGAUUUUAUUUUGUCAGGUAGUUGUGAAGAUGAACCAAACACCAAGAGAACCUGAAAUUGUUGAUGGUGUUUUAUGUUGUAUCUUUUUUAAAUUUAAUGCUCUGUUUAAUAUUUGCUUUAUCUGUGGUCUCUUAACUAACUACAGCUACAGCACAUUGGAUUCAAGCCAUCAUUCCGAUUGGAGAACUAGGACCUUUUACUUGUCGCUGUGUUUGCAAAAUCCGAGUGUGCCUUAUUUGUAUGAAGUGAAAUAGUAAGCAAUUUCGAAAACUUGACUUACCUAACUUGAACCUAGUUCUCUUCUAUCCAGUUAUCUUCCGUCAUUCUAAGACUAAAUGUAAGAUAUUUGUGAUUGAAUAUUCUGGGCCUCAAUACUAUCUCUGUGGCUUAAAGAUUUUCUUUAAACACAUUUUAGUUGUCACCCGAUUCUAGACAAUUGCAACCUAACUGUGUUUUGUUUCCUAUGCAAGACUCUUUGUCCUUCUGCCUAUCCAUGUAAUUUUUAAAUGACUUGCCUAGUUAAUAGAAAUAUGAACUAAAUUUUUAGGUGAGAACAUAUUACCAUCAUAUUUAUUCAAUUUUUCCUUGUGGAUCAGUUGGUUUCAUUCCAUGUAUCAUUACAUUUGACUUAAGAAGAUGAAUAUUUUGGAAAAUGCGAAAAAUCUUGCUUGUUGCUGGACUUAAAGGCUUGCACUUAUAUUUAUUGUCUCUAGUAUUUUGGAAAUAGAUAUUAAGGAGGUGCAUUUAAAGGAGUAUGUAAACCUCUGUAUAGCAAAGUGCCAUUUUGCUUGUAUUUGUCCCGGCUUGAUUGAAGCUAGGGCCUGUUAUGUGAUGUAUACCUAAUAUUUAUCUGAAUUUUUUGUUCUUAUGUAUUAUGUCUUUCGUUGUUUUGACUUCAAGGGAACAAGGUACAUAAACAAUUUCUUAUCUUUCCCGUUAAACUUUGGAAGAGGCAAUACUCAUUCGUACUUCAUUCUCAGCACACCUUCACUUACAAUUUUAGGUCUUAAUAUAUACAGGCAAAAACAAAAUUUGGGAUCCAAAAUUUCUUGUGGCAUUAGUUAGAGAUCCACAUAAUGGUUUGAGAGUGAUGUGCAUUCAGGUUUGAAUUUGUCUGAUGAUUCAACUUGUUCCCAGCCUUUACUUUGAAGUAUCUACCUGAAUUGGAUUUAACAGAGUUUUCCUUAUGAGAGAAUUAAGGAAAAGAAAAUGAAUGUUUGAGACUUAAAUUGGCUUUGUUGCUAAUGUGGUUUCUUUAGCUUUUUCAACAUUGGAUUAGCUUUUCCUGAUGUUGAUCAAUUCCUUUGCCUUGUGCCUUACCUCUAUUUUUGAUGUUAAAAAUGUUUAUUAUGUUUUUCUCUUUUUAUUUACCUAUCCCCUUCCUUUUUUUCCCUAUUUCUAUUUGACAUGUUGGCGACCAAAGAUGUGGAUGAUAAUCAAUGUUUUUUUGUUGUUUUUUAAACGUAAUAACACUGCCAGUAAUUACAGUUUGCUGUGUUAAGUGAACGCCGGAUAUGACUGAAACUUCAACCUCUUGUGGGUAUUUCUCUUGUUCUCCCAUAUAAGAAAGAAGGACUUACUGUCUAUCCUGUAAAAGAAAGAAUGCUUCUCUCUUCAAAAUUGCAAUUUCUGUCCAUACACUCUGUAUUUACUAAGUUAUGUUUUUGCUGGAUCUUUCAUUAACUAAAUUUUACCUCACAAAAAUGGCUUACUAUAUGUGUUCCAGUCAAAGUCGUUUGCGUGUAAUGCUUAUUUUGUUCUGUCUGCCAUCCGUAUUGGUUAUAAAUUUUUCUUGAUUUCGUGUCCCCUCUGUCUUUUUCCAGUUUCUUUAAGCACAGCUGUAAACUGAAUUAUAUUUUUUAAAAAUGUUUUCCCCAUGUUUUUUUUCUUUUACUUUGCUUGCUUUCACUUUUUUACCUAGCGUUUGUUUAUAUGUGCUGUACAUGUGCUCUUCAUAUGUGCUCUGCAACAGCUGUGGUUUCACCUUCGUUUCAUUUUCUAUUUUGUGAGUUCUUUCUGCAAAUUAUUUUUUUUUAAAUAAAGACUUUCACCCAA